UCAAGUGCGCCGCCGGCGCAACAGUCGCGCGGCGAUCGUUGCGCGCGCCGGGACAUGACGGUGUUGUGAAGUGAUGUGCAUUUGACUUGUGAUAUUACAUACAAACAUGAGGACUGUCAGUGCGAAAAUGUAUGGGGCACGGCUAUGGCUGGCGGCUGCAGGGCUGCAGCUUCUCCUGCUGACUGCGACCGGAGCCAGGCACCACCGGCGCUCGAUGCCUACCCAAGCAACAUUACCAGUAUCGAAAGGUGGCUGGAGGCCGGUCGUUGGCUCUGGGGGCCUAGUCUACGGGUCUUACGGCACCGCCUCGCUGCACGCUCCAACGUACAAAUACCCUCUGCCAGUUCUGGAUCUGUACCAGUCGUCAUCACGUCCACUCGCCACGAGAGACUCGGCAAAACUGACGUCAAUAGCGCAGUCUUACCGCCCGACUACCCUCAGAACAGUGCAGGCCGCGCAGCCCGCGCCACCCGCGAAUCAACCUAUCAACUCCUACCACAACCCCUUCGUGUUCACCAACAACGGAGUCUCGUACAAAUACAUCCAGAACUACCCACUCGACAGCGUCGUCAUCAGAAACCCCCAGAACCCAUACGCUGCGAGACCAGUAUUCAAAUACUCGAAUAACAAAAUCAAGCAGCAGCCGCUGCAAAACACUGUGCUGCAGCAGUUGAAUAACGUACAGCCAAUCCAAUUUGGUCAGUACCAGACUAGUAAGCCAUUGGAUGUGUUUAAGAAACCGGUCGAAGGUUACGCCAGACCGACUGAAAAUAAACCUAACCAGUCAGGCACGGAAAUAUAUAAGCCUGAAGUGUACAAGCUUCAGGACAGCGAACCCGCGCCGCAGCAGGUCAGUCAGCAAGUAAAGACGGCGCAACAACAACAAGCCUUGAUUGGAACACAGAAACCACCCCAUAACCCGUAUCCACACUACACGUACCAAGAUCCUGUUUACCCCCCGAACAUUCUAGGGUCAUUUGGCGCGUUUGGCUUGCAACCAGUGAAAGGAUCUUACCCAACCAAGACCACAUAUUUGCCCCCGCAGCCGAAUAAACAAACCAUAUUCAACUCAUUCAACUACUCACCCUCUUUUAAGACCACACCGACCAUCUUUACCUCGACUACUCCCAAGUUACAAACCACUGUCAAUCAUAUACCAUUCGCACCCACUGUCAUUGAUUACAAGAGCACGUCCACAACACCACCAAAACUCAGUCAACUUACCCCAGCAAAAAUUGAUCCCAAUGCUGGAAACAAAGGCUCUUUCAAAGCCAGUCCUCAGGACCCAUUCAUCAAACACUACCAAAGCGACUAUAACAAAAUAGCCGUGACCACUUACAACCCUGUCCAGACUACAACGCCAGCGAGCAACCAGUUUAGCUUCGAUUACAACUACCAGUUACAGCAAAAUAAUCAAGCUCAAACCUUCUACGAUCCACAGACUCAGAACUACAACUACCAAAAGAAGAAACAGAAGAUUCACGACAGCGUCGCUGCCGGAGUCAAUCAAGCUACUCAUCAAUAUGCUUCACCACCCAAAUCUGUACCUAGUUACGAAGUCAUUGAAACAACAGAAUCUGACGACAUAGUUACACACUCAGCGCCUCAAGUUUGGAAUCAGCAACCGUACGACAGUAAUCCGAAGACGACAGAAGAGACGGUGACCAAGCAACUGCACCCCGACGUAGGGUUCAGCAAAUACACAACGACUCCCGUUGCCGAUCUACCCGAAGAAUACGCCAUUGUGACCGAAGCCGAGAAAGGCUAUGAAAACUCUUUGGGCUACGACAGCGAAGUCGAAUCCCAAAGCAGGCGGCCUCUAGGCGACGACUUCGAACCGAUCGGCAAGCACAAGCUCAAGGAUUACUACUAUAAGGUAUCAACUCCUACGUAUGAACAUUACAGCACCUCGAAACGAACGAAAAAGCCCACAGAAUCUUCCAGACUUACAGAUGCACCUGAAGUAACUACGUAUAAUAUAAUCAAAGAGACUGUUGAUGACAACACCGAGGCUUUACCAACACUGCCGCCUUACAAACAUUUCAAGAGACCCUCGACCACAGAUACACCCAUUGACAAGGAAAAAAUUCGUAAGCGGAAUAAGAACCGAAGACGCCGCCCUCCACUAGCAAAUAUUAACCAUAACAAAGAAUCUGGUACCAGUACCACACGAAAGUAUGUACAGUCUACCACAGAACUACCCCAAACUACUGAGUCCGAUGAAGUUCACACUAUCAGGCCAAGAAUUAGGCCCGCUAAGCUAAAGCAACAACCUAACUUGACCACUCCCAGUGUCACAACUGAUUCCACAACCAGCGCGGUGCCCACAAUCUCACCAACAGCUCCUACGAUUAUAAAAAAGAAGCUUGUCCGACGCCCUUUAACUACAGUGACUGACAGGAUUGAAACUACCACGCAGGCUUACAAAGAUUAUGACAAUAGCAAAGAUUCGUCGAUCAUGAAAAUUGCGAACCGACCACAAUAUCCGAAGAUAGGGUCUACUGAAGAAAUUCCAGACUUCAGCCAUAAACAGGACGAGAAGGACACUCCAACUAGUGACGUAGACGUCAGCUUAGAAUCGAUAAAAUCAAGCGCAGACGCAGCAAAAUCAUUUGCUUUCCACAAAGAUGUUAAACCUAUUGAAGCGAAAUUGGAAACCACAACAGAAUCAUUCAGGGUAACAAACGAAGUAACAGAAUCGACAUCGACCAGUAGAUCAGAGACAACAUCAGGAAAUAUAGCUAAAAUACAAAGGCCAAGACUGAAAAAUAAGUUCAACCGUACAAGAUUCAGUGUUAAAGAUUAUAGAAACCGAUUGAGUUCCACGACCAGCACCACAGAAAGGUCGACUGAGUCAACUCCUAAACUUAGAUUCCUUCACAGGAAAGCUACAACUGAUUUCAACACUGAAAGUGAAACGACGACGGAAAGGAAGAAAUUCAUGCCCAAAGACCCACGACACAAAGUAGCGAAUGGUUCAGAACUAAAUGAAGAAAUCGAAAAGGAGAUACAUUCGAUAAGACAUCCUUCCAGACAAAGGCAAACGACAACAACCACCGAGAACGCUGAAUCCACCACUCAAAAAAUAUCAUCGAGAAUCAGAAAUGGAGUGCGUAGGCCAAAACCUACGGAAGAAACAACGGAGACGACAAGUCCGACCACAGUUCACAGCAAAAGACCACAGAGGAAGAAGAUAACUGAUUCUGAGUUAGGAGAAUCCGUUCAGGACAUAUCAGUGACCGACAGCACAGUUAUCUUCGACCACAAGAACGACAUAACUUCAGAAAGGACUCGAUCUGAGAGUGCGAUUAUGAAGAUAGCUGACAAGAAGCAUCAUGACCACCACAUAGAGCAUCUGUUCGAGCACUCCAAACGGGUUUCUGACUUGACCCUUGCUGCUAGCAAGGACUACAACACUCCUGGUAUGUUCAAAACUGUGUCUUCGAAUAGCAGGAGAAUACCAAACUAUUUCACCAUCGCCACCGAUGAUCCCAUCCUGCCCAUUGAGGCGUUCUUCCCUCAGCUGAACCAAAAGAAGGAAUCGUAACGUUCCUUUUUAGUUAAGUUUGCAAAACCAAAUCCUUUUUGACUGCCAAAGUAAUUAAACUUCCCUAAGUUAUUGUGCUAACUGGCUGUAUUAUAUUUUAAUGUAUUUAUGUAUUUCUAUAGAUGAUAUUUUUUGUAUUAUUACAAAAACUUUUUGAAUCUGGCUAUGAAAACAAAAUUCGGUACAGUGAGCAGGUCAGCCAUCACAAAAUUGUUAAUUUUCUCAAAUAUUUUGAACUUUACAUUUUUAAUGUAGGGAUCGAAAUCAAUAACGAAAGUUAUUUUGUGGUAAGUUGAAAUGCUUGCAUAAUAAUGAAAAAGAUAUUUGUGAAUAUUGAACAGUGUCACAAUUUUCAUAAAUAUUAUAAAUCUGGGCUAAAAGUAUGCAGGAUUCAAUCUUUUACAAGACUGGCAUUUAUAUUUGUCACCAUUAUUAUGAAAUUAAAUUAAAGAAUGAGCUUUAUUGCAGUAAAAUGGUUUAAAUUGUAGUAAGAAUAAAUGAAGUGUAGUAACUUAUUAAGUACGCUUUUUCUAAGACUUAAAGAAUGUUAUUUUCCUUACAGUAGUUAUUUUCUAUCGAAAACUAUGUAGUUUAUUUAUUUAACAAGAUUAAUUUUUAAGUAGGUACUUACACUGUCCAUUUUUUUUAGAAUAGGGCUUAUUACUGCAAUCUUAUCCCGUCAGAGUGCAGCACUAGCAAAAUUAGUUUUUAACAAUAAGUGUCAUUCAAAAGGUUAUUAUAUUAAAUUACAUUACAAUUUGAUUUUAAAAUACAGAAAAUACUUAAAUACAAAAUGCAUCAGUGCAACGUUUAAAUUUGAUUCGAUUUUCCAUUAUUAUUAUCUAUUUGUUGGAAAUAAAUACAACUUGACGCAUCAAGACGGUUUGUGCUAGUGGCGCCCUCUGCGUAGUUUUGCGUAAUAUUCCCUAUUGCUAUGGCUCUCUUUACAUAAUAUUUCUAAGAGUUGUUACUAUUGUUAUUAGUUUAUAAGAUAAUCGUGUAUUUGUGAUGUAUGAUUGGCCAAGUAACGCGGUUAUAACCGCAACAAUUGAACUAUAUAAUGUGCGGCUGCUUUUGUGUGUGUAGCGAUAGCGAGUGAACGGGACUAAUAAAACCUUAGUUGUUAACUGUGUAAAUAAACGACUUUCAUAACAAUUUAUGUGCUUUAUUUAUGAAAAAACAAACGCUUAGGAAUAUACUGAACUGGGACAUAUUUCACUGAAAUUGUUGCCACUGGUCUGUAAAUAUGAAAUACACUUUAGAAAAUCUUUUGAUUGAUGGUUAUU